ACCGGCCGGGGGCGAGCGCGCGGCCAGCCGAGCGCGCAGCCCUGCCAGCCCGGAGCGGGAGCGCGCCCACGCGGGGAGGCCGCCUGCCUGCCGCCGGCCGACCGCAGCGGGAAGGAGAUGCUGCUCCUCGGCCCGGGGCUGGCACGCGGGCGGGGCCGGGGGCGGCCGACGGGCGCUCCCCGCUGCGGGCUCCCGCCGUGCUGGAGCCCCGCCUGGAUUUGCUGCUGGGCGCUCGCCGGCUGCCAGGCGGCCUGGGCUGGGGACCUGCCCUCCUCCGGCCGUCCGCUGCCUCCUUGCCGGGAGAAUGAUUACCACUUUGAAUAUACAGAAUGUGAUAGCAGUGGCUCCAGGUGGAGAGUUGCCAUUCCGAAUUCUGCUGUGGACUGCUCUGGCCUGCCUGACCCAGUGAGAGGCAAAGAAUGCACUUUCUCCUGUGCUUCUGGAGAGUAUCUAGAAAUGAAGAACCAGGUAUGCAGCAAGUGCAGUGAAGGCACCUACUCCUUGGGCAGUGGCAUCAAAUUUGAUGAAUGGGAUGAAUUGCCUUCUGGAUUUUCCAACGUUGCGACAUUCAUGGACACUGUGGUUGGCCCUUCUGACAGCCGGCCGGAUGGCUGUAACAACUCUUCUUGGGUCCCUCAUGGAAAUUACAUAGAGUCAAAUCGUGAUGACUGCACCGUGUCUUUGAUCUAUGCUGUGCACCUUAAGAAGUCGGGUUAUGUCUUCUUUGAGUACCAGUAUGUCGACAACAACAUCUUCUUUGAGUUCUUUAUUCAAAAUGAUCAGUGCCAGGAGAUGGACACCACCGCAGACAAGUGGGUGAAACUCACAGACAAUGGAGAAUGGGGUUCGCAUUCUGUAAUGUUGAAAUCAGGCACAAACAUUCUAUACUGGAGAACUACAGGCAUCCUUAUGGGUUCUAAGGCAGUCAAGCCAGUCUUGGUAAAAAAUAUCACAAUUGAAGGGGUGGCAUAUACAUCAGAAUGCUUUCCAUGCAAGCCGGGCACCUUCAGCAACAAGCCAGGUUCGUUCAACUGUCAAAUUUGUCCCAGAAACACCUUUUCUGAGAAAGGAGCUAAAGAAUGCAUAAACUGUGAUGAGAACUCCCAAUUUUCAGAGGAAGGAUCGGGCAAAUGUAUGGAGCGACCUCCCUGUACCACAAAAGACUAUUUCCAGAUCCACACUCCGUGUGAUGAAGAAGGAAAGACACAGAUAAUGUACAAGUGGAUAGAGCCCAAAAUCUGCCGGGAGGAUCUUACAGAUGCUAUUAGGUUGCCCCCUUCUGGAGAGAAGAAGGAUUGUCCACCUUGCAACCCUGGAUUUUAUAAUAACGGAUCGUCUUCUUGCCAUCCCUGCCCUCCUGGAAUGUUUUCAGAUGGAACAAAGGAAUGUAGGCCGUGUCCAGCAGGAAUGGAGCCUGCACUUGGGUUUGAAUAUAAAUGGUGGAAUGUCCUUCCUGGCAACAUGAAAACUUCCUGCUUCAAUGUUGGGAAUUCAAAGUGUGAUGGAAUGAAUGGUUGGGAGGUGGCUGGAGAUCAUAUCCAGAGUGGGGCUGGAGGUUCUGAUAAUGAUUACCUGAUCUUAAACUUACAUAUCCCUGGAUUUAAACCACCAACAUCUAUGACUGGAGCCAUGGGUUCUGAACUGGGAAGAAUAACGUUUGUCUUUGAAACCCUCUGUUCAGCUGAUUGUGUUCUGUAUUUCAUGGUGGAUAUCAAUAGAAAAAGUACCAAUGUGGUGGAAUCAUGGGGUGGAACCAAAGAAAAACAAGCUUACACCCAUGUUAUCUUCAAGAAUGCAACAUUUACAUUUACAUGGGCAUUCCAGAGAACUAAUCAAGGUCAAGAUAACAGACGGUUCAUCAAUGACAUGGUGAAGAUUUAUUCCAUCAUUGCCACUAACGCAGUGGAUGGGGUGGCGUCCUCAUGCCGUGCCUGCGCCCUCGGGUCUGAGCAGGCGGGCUCAUCGUGUGUCCCCUGCCCCCCAGGCCACUACAUCGAGAAGGAAACCAGCCAGUGCAGGGAGUGUCCGCCUGACACCUACCUGUCCGUACGCCAGGUCUAUGGCGAGGAGGCUUGCAUUCCCUGUGGGCCUGGCAGCAGAAGUGCUCAGGACCACUCAGUUUGCUACAGUGACUGCUUUUUCCACCAUGAAAAAGAAAAUCAGAGUUUGCAUUAUGACUUCAGCAACCUCAGCAGUGUGGGCUCGUUAAUGAAUGGCCCCAGCUUUACCUCCAAAGGAACAAAAUACUUCCAUUUCUUCAAUAUUAGUUUAUGUGGGCACGAGGGGAAGAAGAUGGCUCUCUGUACCAACAAUAUAACAGAUUUUACAGUAAAGGAAAUGGUGGCAGGGUCAGAUGAUUACACGAAUUUGGUAGGAGCAUAUGUAUGCCAGUCAACUAUUAUUCCUUCUGAAAGUAAGGGUUUCCGAGCAGCCUUAUCAUCACAAUCCAUCAUUCUGGCAGAUACAUUUUUAGGUAAGCUUCAUUUGGUUCCUCUAUGCAUGCUUGCAUUUAUUCAGAUUUG